AUGUACAGUUCUUACGGUUCCAGCACAAAUUUUGUUCCAGGAGAAUGUAAUUCUGGUGUAUGCUUUAAUGGAGGCCAGUGUAGGGGGGGUUACUCUCAGAGUUGUUCAUGUCCACCAGGUUUUCAAGGUCCACGGUGCCAAUACGAUGUUAAUGAAUGUGGUAUCAAUAAUGGAGGCUGUGAACGAGAAUGCUGUAAUUCUAUUGGUUCUUUUAAAUGUAAAUGCCCACAAGGUUUUGAAUUAGCUGCUGAUGGUAGAAGAUGUACAGAUAUUGAUGAAUGUAGAGAUCAUAAUGGUGGAUGUCAACAUAAAUGCCUUAAUACAGAUGGUGGCUUCAGUUGUGAAUGCCCAAAAGGUCAAAGGUUACAUGCAGAUGGUAGGACAUGUAUAGAUACAGAACCUUUAAAUGGCUACACAAGAGUGAACAGCUCAUCAUUAGAAGCAGUAGUCAGCUUCAAAUGUUUACUAAUGACAUACUAA